GAAACUUGGGCUAGGCCAGGCCAGUUCACUUUAUUAUUAUUAUUACCUACUGCUACGCCAUCCUUUUUCCACACAGACACGGAACAAAGAUCGUCGCUCGUUCUCUCCAGUUUUUCGACACUCAGAUCCAUUCCCACUCACUUGCGCAGAAGCAGCUUCAUGUUGGACGAGCCCGUGGCUGGCCACUGGGCAUAUUGGUUGAUCGAUUGACUUUUACGGGCGCAACCUUGCUCACCACGCUGAGCGACACCAAAUCCAAGCGAGUACCACGACCGAAAGCCUGAUAUCGCAACGCCCCCAACGACCAUAGCAAACAAGCAAACAAACAAAGCAAUCAGGUACCUCUGAGUUGGACGAGAACAUCCUCGCAAGGAUCUACCGCCCGCCUCUCACGCAACGGCAUAGACAAGCAACAAAAAACCCGGCCCCCAGCCGUCAGCAUCCAACGCCCCGAGUUUGAAAUAAAAAAUUGAGACGGCGCUUCUCUGGCGCCAGGGGUCAAGCAUAUCCCAUCUUUUGGUGCCUUGCGCCUUCAGGGACAGAGUUGGAGCAGAGUGACUUGUUGACGCCCUCGCUCGUCGUUUCCACCCGUCAAAAUGACACGACCAUCGAUCGUCCGAGCCGGUAUGUGCCUAGUGUUUUGCCUUUGCUGUCCUGCCUUUUAUACUUGGAACGAGAUGCCAACGCCAAUGUCACCCUAAGUCUCAGCCUUUGGGAUUUGCGAUUGGGGUGCAUCGCCUCUUGCGCAGCCUCAUCCUCGUGUUGUUUCGUCGGUCCCUCUUAGAGUACAACUUUCUUUCCCCUGCCCCCUUUACAUACAAACUUCGUCUAUUCAACCACAUGGAACCCUUGAAGUAGACCUUCGGCCAACUUCUCCCUUGCCCAUUCUUUUUUUUAUUACUUUCUUUUUCUUUACGUUUCAUCGUACUUUCGUCUACCCUUGCCCCCUGGUCACUGUCCAAGCUCGAACCUUUCUAUUGCUCUCCGGGGUUGCUGCAAGUCACGAUACAUUCCAACCACUCGACUUAGUCCUCUGCUUUCUCAUUCCUUGUGUCCACACGCUUCUUUUGACGACACCACAAACUGACGUUUACGAACCUUUCCCCCGAUCGCAGAUACUAUCGAUCUUCAAGAUCAUCACUCUCCAUCCGCCCAGGACCACUCGAAAAGCCCACGUCUGGGCGGCAACGCCAACUCCCUAGGUCCCCACCAAGCUGAGACUAUUCGUGAGGUCACACACGACAUUGCAGACGAACAGCGACGCUCUCCAAGAGUUUCUCUCGACAACCGCAACAGCCUCGACGAAAUUGAUUCCUUCGCAGACGAACUUGUCGCAAAUUCUACGAGUGGGAAUACUCGCGCACAGGGUGCACGCGACAAGAAUAGCAAUAUGAACCAAGAAGAUGCACUGGCAAUUGCGCAGAAUGGAGGCGUCUCAUCUUCGGAUGAGGGCGAGCUCGACGGCGACGAUGACCUCGAUGACGAUAUGAUGGAUAAGAUCUCUAGUUCGCCUUCGAUUGAAGAUGGUGGGUGCUCCCCCGUCGCUGCCCCUGUGGCAUGGCCGCGCCGUGUCUCUUCCCUACCUUCGCAAAGGAGUAGUACUCCCAGUAUCUCUGGUUCAAGCGGCACCAGAGUUUGCUCGCCAUAUCCCGAACCCCCCAAUUGUGUACCCAGCCCAUGCGCAAUUGCGCAGCUUCCACGAGCAUUGCCCACGAAAGUCCGGAACCAUCGUCUUCAUGGUGAGUAUAACGGUCGCGACGAGCACAGUAACGACGCCGAACCCGAACCCGACGAUAGCUGGACAACGUCCAAUUCGACGGCCGAAUUUCACGAAACAUUUGAAGAAGUGGAACCACAGUUUAGGCCCAACAGUAACGAAGGCUAGCAUCCUUCUGCUGAAGGAUCGAGUAUUGGAGGAAAGGGCACCGUAGUCGAUAACAGAGAGCAGGACAUAUUCUAUGACUGUGAUCCAAUGCUGGAUCUAUCCGAUUCGGAUUUGGACGACGACGAAACCCCCGACUUCGAUCCCGCGCUGACUAUUCCCUACGAAGAAUCUUUUGAAGACGAUGAUUCUGCACUCUCCAUUCCUGACGACUACAAUUUCAUUGACUCGGGCUGGGCGGUCGAGUGCUUACAAGACAUAGAGGACAUUGAUUUCGAAUUCGUUUACGCCCUUCACACUUUCGUGGCUACCGUUGAAGGUCAAGCAAAUGCAACCAAAGGUGACACUAUGGUUUUGCUAGAUGAUAGCAACAGCUACUGGUGGCUGGUCAGAGUUGUUAAAGACAGCAGCAUUGGAUAUCUACCCGCAGAGCAUAUUGAGACGCCGACGGAACGUCUAGCACGUCUGAAUAAACACAGAAAUGUUGAUCUCUCUGCAACUAUGUUGGGGGAUACGGCGGAGAAGAAGCAACAGACGUUCAAAUCGCCAAUUAGAUUUGGACGCAAAACGGUCACAUUCACUUCCCCAACGUACCAUGACUACACUGAAAUCGACGACUAUUCAUCCGACGAAGAAGACUUGGACGACUUAUUCGCCGGCUCGACCACCACAACCAAGCAAGAUCAACAACAAGAACAAAAGAAAGAUACCCGAGAUCCAGCUUCAACAAUAUCGAUCAUAGAAGAUGAUUCAUCAGAGGAGAGCGCCAGGGUUGAGCCUCUUAAGCCCCGUUCAAAUAAAGAAGUUAAAAUGGCUAUGGAGCCGUCGAAGGUCGACACUGUGGAAGAGGAAGAUGAGACGAGAAGCAGUGAGGAAAUACUAUUUGACAACAAACAGGAAGGCCCCAGCAGAUCCCGCAAUGGUACUGUCAGAAACACCGACUCUUUCUUUAGAGAUGAGACAGUCGAGACCAAGAAGAUUACUCUCACGCCUAACUUGCUACGAGACGACAAUCAACCUCGGCCUUCCCAGGACUCAACAACCAAGGACAUCAAGUCCCGAGGAAGUCUUGAUAAGAUGGACAAGGAGCUCAUGUCCGAUAAGGAGAAGAAGAAGCACCAAGAUAAGUCUCGGAAAGAGAAGGAAAAGAAGCCGAGCGCCAUCCGAAGUUUCUUUUCCAGAAAGGACAGAAAGAAGUCGGUUGAUGAUGACGACGAAUCUUUUGGCAAGCGCUCUAUGGAUAUUGUAUCGGAGCCUCGGGACAGCGAGUCAAUUGAAGAGGUCGCGUCGCCUGACAGACAACCGCAACGGAGCACUAGCAAACUUCAAAAGCAGAUGCCCCGAACUGAAGCAUCUCCUGGCAAGGGCGGGGAGACCUCAUCGACAAUGGAACUCGCAGCUUAUCUGGCCGAGUCUCGGGUCAACGAUGUGUCCAACGUGCCACCGGCGUCGAUGCGGAUCGUCAAUCCCGAGACACAAGAGACACAUGAAGUGCCAUCAAAUUCACAAAUUGGCGGGGAUCCGGCCAAGGUACGGUCCUCCUCAGCCGCUGCACAACACGACGAUACGAAGGCAUUGGCGAGGGCGCUGGGCCGCAGCGCAAGCACAGGAGGCGAGCCUAGGGCAACCAAGACAGUCAAGCCUCGUCCAUUGAUGGAUCUGGAUGAAUUGUCAAGCUCCGACGAGGAUGAUGUGUCUCAGCCUACGAACCGAACGACACCAGAGCAACCCGCCGAGAAGAAGCCCGAGGGUGGACUACGGCCACAACUGCCAGGAGCGUUCCCUGAUAGCUUCGAUGCAGCCGCCAAGCCGAACGCAUCCACAGCUGCAGGCCAAGGCCAGAAGGAUCGUCUGUCAGAAUCACCGGUGCAGGUGUCACCUGUUAACGUAACACGGCCACCAGCACUGGAGAUCGACACGUCCUCCCAAGAAGGUCGCUCGUCCUCCGAUGUACCGUCACCAGAGCUCAUGCCUGGUGACGAGACACCCAAGGAUAGUAGCUCAACGAAAAGUGCCAAAGAACCUGGCUGGGAUGACGAGAAGCUUCGUGCCUUCUUUGAUGAUGGUGAGCACGUUCGAGAUCUUCUCAUGGUCGUGUACGACAAGACAGACGUGGAACCUGUUGGCAAAGACCACCCGGUGGUUAGUGGUAUGUUUAGAGAGCAGAACGCGAAGCUAGCGGAGAUUACCACUCAACUUGACAAUAUGCUCGGGGACUGGUUGGCUAGAAAGCAACGGCUUCGCGGCUCAGUAUGAAAUAGCUUGUCGAAGCACGAGGGCGUUUUGAGUACAUCGUUGGCUUUAACAGCUGGGCCAGAGGCUUAGCUCUGUAUGAAAAGGAGAUCUCUUUCUUGAUUCGUUGAACGACUUGACUAUCUAGGGGGAAUAUGGAUUGCUGGUUCUGGACACGUCCAUGAAGACAGUCCGUUGUGUUAGGUAUAGGCGUUUGAAGGGCACGGCCUUUGAUUGAGCGAGGAUUGGCAUGAAUCGAAUCCUCGGGCCGUGCUUUGGGCAUUUUGACAUAUCCUUGGGACCUAGUUUACAGAGGGCGCCUCUGUUGAUAAGAAGUAUUUGCAUACAUAUAUAUACACAUACAUCAUUUAUAGCGAGAAGAUUCCGGAUGUUGGAGGAGCCAUUUUCACGUGAAGGGAUCCCUGUAUGCGCAUGGAGUGAGUGUAUGCCUCUGUAUGCAAAGUUUGACCCAACCACUCUUUUUUCAACACGUCCCGGCCAUGAUUACCGAAGAGGCUAAGGAGGUUAGGCCAACUCGGUAGUUUCAUGUAGUGUCGUGCAGAACAAGCGAGUGAGAAUAGGGUGCUGAUAGUACAUGAAGCUAUUCAUGUUUCGUAGAUAGAUAGAGAAUAUUGGAGGAGACCGAGGUCUGGGCAAGGAGACAGCCGAAGAGUGGAAGUG